AUACCCAUUGUCUUUGUAGCGACAGGGAAGCAGCUCGGCUCCCAAGCAUAAACCCUAACCCUAGCGGCGGCGACGCUUGCGCGAGAAGAAAUGGUAUCGGGAUCGGCGAUAAGCAAGCGGCGAAUUGUGGUGGAUGCCCGUCACCACAUGCUCGGCCGCCUGGCAUCGAUCGUGGCGAAAGAGCUACUCAAUGGCCAGCACAUUGUCGUCGUCCGCUGCGAAGAGAUUUGCAUGUCCGGGGGCCUCGUUCGCCAGAAGAUGAAGUUUCUACGCUUCCUUCGCAAGCGCAUGAACACCAAGCCAUCUCAUGGUCCGAUCCACUUCCGUGCUCCCGCUAAAAUUCUCUGGCGAACUAUUCGCGGAAUGAUUCCGCAUAAGACUAAGAGAGGAGCUGCCGCACUGGGAAGGCUCAAAGCCUAUGAGGGCAUUCCGCCCCCGUAUGACAAGAAGAAGAGGAUGGUGAUCCCUGAUGCGCUCAAGGUUCUGAGGCUCCAGCCAGGUCACAAGUACUGCCUUUUGGGCAGGCUGUCCAGUGAGGUCGGAUGGGGCUACUACGAUACUAUCAAGGAGUUAGAAGAGAAGAGGAAGCAGCGUGCAAAGGUUGCUUACGAGAGGAAGAAGCAAUUGCUAAAGCUGCGCUCCAAGGCUGAAAAGACAGCCGAAGAGAAACUUGGUUCUGAAAUUGAAAUCCUUGCGCCAAUCAAGUAUUGAUUUGUGUUCUUUCUUUUCUAUUGGGUGCCCGUUUUGUCAAUUAGAUUUUUUUACAAUUUCGAACUUUUUCUUCCCCAAACUUUCAUGGAAUAUAAAUCAUGUGAUGUUGUUUUGAUCCUGUUUGGUCACCGCCACAUCUAUUUUUCAGUUCAACUUUUAAUUGAAAAUGAAUCUUCUCGUUCUCUUUGA